AUGAGCGCGUGUGAACUUGAUCGCCCCAUGGGCAAAGCUGACCGACCCCGCACUACGGGUCAGCUCAUGAAGAGCAUGCGCAAACUCGGCGAUUAUGAUUUGGAUGUGGACGAUGCAGAUACCUCGAUUGAGAUUGGAUCUGCUCAGGAGAUGGAAUUGUUUGAUCGCCUGGUCGUGCGUGGCCGUGGCAACUCGACCUUUGAGCGUGCAGGCCCCUUUUGGCAGAUGGCGUGUCUUCGCGCUCGCAAGUACAAUGUGGAACGCGCGUACGUCCUCGUGACAAACUAUAUCAAGUGGCGCGACGAGUUUGGCGUCAAUCGCACCACGGUGGACAACGAUUCGGAAUACCGCGCGCUCGUUGAGCGCGGCGUCGUUGAAGCCUGUGGCAACCGCGAUCAGGACGGCCACUACGUUCUUACCGUUCGCCAAUGCCGAACCGACCCGGGUCGUUGGUCCCCGCGAUAUGCUGUUUUGGCAGCCCACGUGGCCAUCGAGUCCCUCUUGGUGCGCUUUCCCGAGGCUCAAGCCAAGGGCGUUGCCUUUGUCAACGACAUGAGCGGCAUAUCUAUGCGCAACAUGGAUUCUCGCGUGCCCCGCGAAAUGUUUGCUGCCUUUCGCGACAAACUACCGGUCCGCUUUGCCGGCCUUUACGUCGUGCAUCCUCCCAUGUUCAUGCGCAUGGUCGCCCCCGUCAUCAAGAUGUUUAUGAGCACCAAAAUGCAAAGCCGCAUGCGCGUCCUCACCCAUGGCUACGACGAUCUCAAGCUACACUUUGACGCCAGCCAGCUUCCCACUGAUUUUGGUGGCUCAUACCCCUACAGUCAUGAAGCCUACAUGACCUUUGUCUCGGAAAUGCAGCACCAUUACAACCAGCAACGCUCUAUCAACGGCGAGCUCUUCUCCGACAACAAGGCUCCUGCGGAAGACUCGGACUCUGGCAAGGAACCCUCCAUUUGCAGCGCCGCUACCACAUGCUCCAUCCACGAAGCUUGGAUGGACUUUACCAUCGAGCCAGACAAUGAGCGUUUCGUGUAAACUGCCUCCGCCCACGGACCAGUUUGGCCUGGUCUUCCGUCCCGGAAGUAGCCAUGGGCUAUCCUGGCACACCGUGGCAGGCCUUUUUGCCCGCAACGGAACUUUCUUGAGUUUGUGGUUGAGAAAACGCGUGUGGUUCGAGCUGCCAGACAUCAUUUCUCCCUUUUGGCCCUUUGUGUUGGUGCCCUGGAUCCUUCUUUGUUGUCUUGUCCCUCUCUACCUUUGGCACAUGCAGAGUGGAGGAGCUCCGAGGGUGUGAGUGUUCACUCUUUAUCACCUUUCAUGUCUAGGCUGUAUGUCCUUUGUCUUGUUUUGUCUAUCCAAUCUGCUCAGCACCAGAUCAUUUUAUGUCGCGGUCAUUGCCGACCAUCGCUUUUGCUUCGAUCUGGCCGCUGAGCCGCAGUUUGUCCAUUCACCCUGGUUUUCCCUCUAGUUUCCGUCUCGGUUAUCUUUCCCUGUCCUUUUUGGCCUUGGCGCUGUUGUCUUUGGCCGAUGCGGCUAGUCAAGCUCCCAGAGUUUUGUUCCCGGCUGGGCUGUAUUUUUUGUUUGUUCGUUUUUGAAAAACUGCCGUUGGCUCCUUCUUUCCCCUUUUGAACGCCUUUGCGUGGCCCGUCCUUUGUAUGACCUGGCCUCCCUGAUUGCUGUCUCGUCCCUGUAAGGCCAGAGUGCGCACCUGCAUCGUUCCCUGUGUCCUUCCCUUUGCAUGUAUGUGUGUGCAUGAAAAAUGUUCCGACUCCCAGUAUCUCUUGUCACACAAUCUUUGUUGAUCCUCGAGCUCUGGCUACCGGUCGCCACCUUGUUUAUUGGCGGUGCAGCGGCUGAAGGUCUCGUCAAGUCUGCCGUGCCAAGUUUGGCUUGGCUAAGAUCAGAAGCAGCAGUUCUUCUUGUUUUGACGCCUUGAAUCGAAUCUACAUGUUUCUC